AAGAAAUUAUAAAUUUGUAUGUAGUUUUGAAAAUGAAUUCAAAACAUACUUCAUAAAUAGUACAAACUUUUACGGUGUCUUGGAGCACUAUAUGUUUAACGUUCUCGCUUCGUUUGACCUAUUGUUUUAACUCACGAUUAUUCUUAGGUAGAUUAACCAAACAAAAAGUGUACAUACUUUUAAAAGUCGUGUUGGAUUUUUUAUUUAUUUUUUUACAGAUUUAUAUUAUAUAAUGGAUGCAUAUUAUGACUAAUUCAUAUAGAUUCUACAAUAUUUUGGAAAUACUAUUUUGUUUUCUCUUGUUAUUUACAGGUUUUUGCUUCAGUAAAGAAUGUAGUGGUGCAUUAAAUGGCCACUAUGAUACAGAAUCAUGUGCUGUCGGAGGCUGCUGCAUACCAAGUGAUGGUACAGGUGACACACGCUGUUGUAUACCAACAUUGACACUUAUAUUGGUAUCUGUCUUUAUUGGAGGUACUAUCUUUACUAUCAUAGUGGUCAUUUUAUGUUGUGUAAUAUGUCGGUACCGAAAGAAAAAGAAACUUCGUCAGAGACUAGAGGAAAGGCGUCGUCGUCAGCGGGAGAGAGACCAAGAAAGACAGAGAAGACUUAUGAUGGAUCCGUUUGUGAAUGGGGAUCCUUUUCAAGCCACAGGACAAGAAGUUGAAGGUACAUCACAGCCGCCACACUACCAUGGCCAGGAAACGGAUACAAAUAUACCACAGCAGACACAGCCACAUACACAGACACCAACACACGCUCCAACACAGGGACCUACACAACAAAACAGAUAUGUUCCACCACCAUAUCCGAAUUCUCCACCACCAGCAUAUUUCUCAAGAAUAGGUACACGUCACGAGGACAGACAAACAAGUAGGACACGAAAUUCUACAAUAGAAAGUCGCAGUUCUUUUCAUACAGACGACAUACAACCGGAAGUGACAAUCGUUGAAAGUCCUUCACCUUCUAUUCCACCUCCUGCACCGGCACCAGUUAUACAGCAAUCUCAUUCCAGAAGUAGUAAUUCUGUUUCAACAACAAAUAUAAAUGUUCCACUAGGAUUAGUGGAAAUUAACAAUGCAAAUAAUAGGAAUAACAGUCGUAUUCACAAUGAACAACGUAUUCUCACGAUUCAGGACCUUGAAUCAGAAGAAAAAGAAGAUACAAUGGGAGAAAUUUCAAAACCGGAAUCUAGAAUGUCAACCAAAUUUUCAUUUUACCCAAACAAUGCAAGUAGACUGUCAGUGCAUCCUGAGGAAAAAAGUCCUUCGAUGCAAAACUCAAGGACAAGCACUAAAACGGACAAGGAAAGUCGAACUAAACACGAAUCAAGAAUGUCAACUAUAAGUGAUACAAGAAAUGUGACAAAUAAGAAUUCCAGAAAUUCAAUCAAAUCCGAAACAAGGAAUUCUGUAAACAAUGAAUCUCGUGUGUCUUCACACAUAAUGCCUUCAGUAUCAAAUAAUGAACGAACAAAGAUACCGAAUGAUAAUAGAGGUAUGUUUAUCAAGAGUAGGGUAUCAGUGGUUCCUGAGGACUUAGGAAGGGAUGACAUCACUACACGUAACAGUUCACAUGGUCGUAGCUAUGUCAGAUCGGUUGAUCCCGACGAACGUGUAGUCAGUAACUUAGAUUAUGUAUAGAGCUAUUUUCAUGUCAUCGAUUUAGGUGUAAAUAGAAACCGUAAACAAUAAGUUAAAUUGUACAACCAUUUCAGAAUUAUGUCAAUUCUAUUCAUAUUUGAAUAGACGAACUAACUCUGGACACUCCAAUGCUGAAAUGUUUUUUAUGAAUCACUAUCGACAAAUUUCACAGUUUUUGUUAUAUUUUCAGUAUUAGUUAGGAUGUAUUCACAAUUUUCUUUGGAAGAUGUCUGUAAGCAAUAUAUCAGUUGUUUUCCAUUAGAUUUGUUGAUUGAUAUAGUCUUAAAACAAAUUCAGGUUUGAUGAACCCGCUGUUUGAAUCUACCUUACUUGAUGUUUUGAACAUUCAUUUAUUGAAUUCGUGCUUUACGUUUAAAACUACAAAAUAUCAAACGCAACUUA